AGUUUUGAAGAUGUACAACAUGAGGGCUUUUUUGGCAGCAGUUUUGAUUUUCGCAGCCUUUGCCGUGAUUUCUGGUAAACCACAAAAGAGAAACAGUCUUCACGGUCCUCCACUCAUUCUUGAUGAUGUUCCAGGCCCACACGGCUCUUUAGGAAACCUUGAAGAUUAUUCAGAGGAUAAUGAUAUGGUGAUGAUGGAUGACAUGACUCUUCCCAAACGAAUGGCAAUACCCAAGAAAGACGGCCACAUCAUUUCAAAGCGCCAGUCGUUUAGUGAUGACUCCAAGUGGCCUAAAGCUAAUGGUGUGGUAACAGUGCCAUACACUAUUGGAUCAGGGAUUGACACUGAUGUAUUGCAAAGAGCCAUUGAAGUCUUCAAUGCCAAAACCUGUGUCCGUUUUGUGGAACGUGGUUCUCAGGUCAACUACGUUAAGUUCCAGAUAGCUGGCUAUUGCAAUGCUCUGGUUGGCAACCAAAAGAGUGGCGAGCAGGCCUGUUAUCUGACAAGUGGAUGUUCUGGAAAGAAAGGAAAAGUUCUGCAUGAGAUGAUGCAUAUUCUAAGCUUUCUCCACGAACAGUGCCGCCCGGACAGAGACAGCUAUAUCACCGUGCACACGGAUAGAAUCAGAAGUGGAAUGUCAGGUAACUUCGACAAAAUCCAAGGUACAGACCUUGGUAUUCCCUACGACUGUGACUCCAUUCUUCACUACAGAGCCACUGCAUUUGCUGCAACCAGUGGACAACAGACCAUAACAUCAUCACACUGUUCUCACCUGGGGAACGAAGACACCAGACUCUCUUUACUGGACUACAAAAGAGUUAACACACUGUACGGCUGUGGAAAGCCUGACUACAAGUACUAUAAAGUCGUUGUUGUGACUGACAGUACAUCCUUUUCUGGUGCUGGAACCGACUGCUUCAUCUACCUGACUCUACAUGGAAGCCAGCAAACAUCUACAGAAUUUGAACUCGACCUUUCUACGAAUCCAUCAGCCAAUCUUUUCGAAACAGGAUCCACUGAUACCUUCAACUACAUGGCUUACCGGAAUGAUCUAGGCUCCAUMACUGGGAUCUCAGUCAGAAUGGUUGCUCACGGAUCAGGUCAAGCUUGGUGGCCGAAAACGUUUACUGUCACCGAUCCAGCAUCCGGUACAUCUGUGACGUUCACCAAUAACAAAUGGCUAUCGCCUUCAUCGACCUAUGGGACGAGCAACUUCCCGGCUCAGUAACAGGCCACAUUCAGCGGAUACUUAACGGCAACAGGCCUUCAAUAGCAACAUGUUUUAGAUUAGAUAUUAGAGUGCUGAUGGUUCUAGCUAGUACUUGAAAACACCAUACUUAAAAUCCCGGUUAUAAGCUCCCCUGGUUAUCACCCACUCCGAGGUUAAGGAAAAAAACUGGGUCGAGUUUGUAUUGCAGUGCAUUGUGGGGCUGUUUUGUUUGGGCAUGUUUCCAAGAUGGCGUCUAUUUUGUCCCCUAAAACAGCCCCAAAAUGCACUGCAAUGACCACGCGGCCUACGUUUUCCACCUCAGCCUCGGCUAAUAAUCCCCCUGGUUAUAAAAACACCUCGCAUCUCGAGUUUGAACUUAAAUGACACAUAAAAGAUUAUUGAGAAAAUAAAAGGAAAAAAAAAACCGUU